GAGAGAGAAGUAUCGGAAAAGAGCGAUCAGAGAGAGAGAGAGAGAGAGAGAGAGACACUGUGUGUGUGUGUGUGUGGAAAGUGGGUCUUCGUAGUUUCUGAUUCAGAACAGUAAAUUUUUGGAAGAAUUGAAAUGCGAAGCAAUUUGUAAGGAAGAGCAAUGGAAGAAGAAGCAUGAACAAGUAAGAGUUGAAAAGCAUUUGGGUUUAAUAUUAAAUCUGAAUUUCGAAUGAAUUUUGGUGACAUUCCAAUAAAGGCAAUUUGAACUUAUUGAAUUGGGGAAUAAAGCUGCGGGUUUACUUGGACUUGCAGUGAGGUAUCAGAAAUUGAGGGUUUUCAUAAAGCUGCGAUUUUGAUUGGUUCUAAGGUUGGAGUUUUCUUGGACUGAGAAUUUGAAAAUUUUCAGGAUUGGGAUUUUUGGAGGGAGAGUUAGUUGAUAAUUAUGGAUCUUUAGAACCCCCUCCAAUAGCUAUACUGUUACAAGUUGGAGUUUUUGAGAUGGAUUUUGAUUCAGCAUUGCCUGAAUUGCUGUUAGAGGAGUACAAUCUUGUUUCCACUAUGGGUUUUUGGAAUUGGGGCAAAACCCUAAUUUAGUGGUGGACUUGGAUACUGACCCUGAUUUAUUGUGUUAUUUUAAAAUAUUGGACUUUAUGUGUUGACAAAGAUGCAACCUCCACAUCAGCAUUCGCGGAUCAAUCUUGCUGAGCUGAAAGCUCAGAUUGUGAAGAAACUUGGACCUGACAGGUCUAAACAGUACUUCUAUUACUUAAAUAGGUUAUUGAGUUUGAAAAUAAGCAAGGUUGAGUUCAAUAAGCUUUGUCUUAGGAUAUUGGGUAGAGAGAACAUUCCACUGCAUAAUCAGUUCAUUCGUUCUAUUUUGAGAAAUGCUUGUAGCGCAAAAGUUCCACCGCCAACUCAUGAGACUGAUGUUUUGAAGCCUGGUGCAGCAGUUGGAAGUAAUGAGCCCCCAAACGAUGUUUAUGAGCAAAAUGGAUCACAUGUUUCCUCGAGCCAGGCUUCAAGUCAACCAGGUUUGUCUAAUGGGGAUAUUCUCCCUUUAUCUCCUCGAAAGGCCAGAACAGGCUCUCGUGAUCGUAGGGCUGGGGAUCGCCGUAGUGCACUUGGUCAAAAUGGGAAGACCAGUUACACUUUUCAACAACCGACAACAACAGAAUCGAGUUUUGACGUCAUGGAAAAUGGAGAUACUUAUCCACCUGAUGCACGGAGGGCUGUGCAGCAUUAUCAAGGACUCUUGCAGCGAACUGAUGAUGAAAGGGAGGUAUCUGGUCAAGAAACUGCCAGAUUUUCUGUAAUAAAGAGAUCACAGGUAGGUCCAGUUUCUGUAUAUAACAAAGACCAGGUUAGAGAUGAUGGGAAAGAGAUGCACGCAAGGAGUCAGCUCCAAGCUCCACUUGGGGUUCCAUUUUGCCCUGUUAGUGUAGGUGGAGCACGUAAAGCAUUGCCUUUGGCAACGAAUAGCAAAUGUGUUAGCUCUUCUAGUUGUGGUGCUUUGUUGGAUAGUGUAUCACUAAGGGAACGCAUGGAGCAGAUUGCUGCAGAACAAGGCCUUGAAGGAGUGGCCAUCGAUUGUGCCAACUUGUUGAACAAUGGAUUAGAUUCUUACUUAAGAGGUUUAAUUCGAUCUUGUGUUCAACUUGUGGGGGCAAGGUCAGGGCAUGAGCCUACAACGAACAACACCAAGAAACAGCAGACCCAUAUGAAGCUUGUCAAUGGCCUCAGACCAGGUCAUCAUUUUCAGAUAAGUAGUGGUAGACCUUCAGAAGUCAUGCAAGAACAUGCUCCCCAUAACUUGAUAUCGUUGCAAGAUUUUAGGGUUGCCAUGGAGCUGAACUCCCGGCAACUUGGCGAAGACUGGCCAUUGCUGCUGGAAAAAAUAUGUACACGCACAUUUGAAGAAUAAGGCAUUCAUGAACCUUCCGGUUAAACUUUUGGUCCCUACUGGCUCUAAGGGCACUAUUCCUUUCAGGGUUUCUGCGCAGCCACAUCAUUUCAGCUUUUGUGGCCUUUUUGAACCAGUCAACAACUCUUGAGGUCAAUAUUGUCUCUUGAAGAUGAUAGGCACAGAGCCCUGAAUCUUUGUCUCACCUGCUACAAGGCUUAACUUUGCCUGGAAACCCUUCAUUUCUUAGCAACCACUGAAAGGGACUUGAAGAAAGGAACACCCGCGUUGGUCGCGCUGUUGUAUGAUUAGCAUAAUUCUCUCUGGAUAUUUUCUGCAUUCUCCCUCCUGUAAUUUACAGUAAAGAGCAAAUUUGGUACAAGUUUUGCAGGAAUAAUUGUGUAGCCUAGGACUUCAGUAGAAAGGUGAAACUAGAUGAUGCAAGAAUUGCUGUGUAUCUUCAAAAUCAAGAUUGGUUGAACCUCAAUAUUAACAACACGUUUUCACCAGUAGGUUUAUCAUCUUAUUAUUUUUUAGUUCUAGAUUGAUGUUCACUGGGUCGGUGGCCCACUUCUGUAUUUUAUCUUUUCUUACUCUAUUAAAUGUAUACCCCGGAACAGUUUGAUUA